UAGCUAUAAUAAGUUUAUACUAUUUAUAACAAAUAUAAUAUAAUAUAACAAUAAUAAAAUGGAUACUAAAACUCCAGUCACUUUAGCUAAAGUCAUCAAGGUCUUAGGUAGAACCGGAUCCAGAGGUGGUGUUACCCAAGUCAGAGUUCAAUUCUUAGAAGACUCUACCAGAACUAUUGUCAGAAACGUUAAAGGUCCAGUCAGAGAAGAUGACGUCUUAUGUUUAAUGGAAUCUGAAAGAGAAGCUAGAAGAUUACGUUAAGUUUUGUUUAACUUCAUAUUUAAUAAUAUCAACUCAAAUCAAAGUCCUUUGUACAAUAGUCACAUAGAUUCAGUUUUCAAUAAUGUAUUGCAUAUAAGAAGGAAAGACACUUCAUCAUUACUACUAUAGCAUAUUUUAUUAUUAGGUUUUUAAGUAACUUUUUAAUAUAAAACAAAUAUUAAAAUUGAAU